AUGGGAGUCCUGGAUCCAAUAACGGAAGAUGCAGUGAGCUACAGUCAGUUUGCUUGUGUUGGUACUGGCUUCUCAGCUAUUGGCCUGGGAGCAACUCUCCAAAGAUGGUACGGCGUUGACGGCAUCGCAUUCUUCGAGAAACAUGAGAAGCUCGGCGGUACAUGGUUCAUCAAUCAAUACCCAGGAUGUGCCUGCGACGUUCCAAGUAGCCUGUACAGCUUCUCUUACGAGCCGAAUCCAGAUUGGAGCCGUGUCCUGCCCUCAAAAGAUGAGCUCUGGGCUUAUCUGAAUAGUGUGGCUCUCAAGUAUGACUUGAAACGGAAGAUGAGCUUCAACAUGCAGGUUGAGCGUUGCGAGUGGAUCGAGGAAUGUGCCCGUUGGCGCAUGACGAUCAGCAACCUGGAAUCUGGAACCGUCUUGACGCACGAGUGUCAGUUCCUUUUUUGUGCCUCGGGCCAGCUUGUGAAGCCCCGCGAGUUCGACGUUCCCGGGUCUGAUACGUUCAAGGGCGACAUGUUCCACACUGCGAGGUGGCCUUCGAACAUAGACCUUCAUUACAAGAAAGUUGUUGUCUUUGGGAACGGCUGUACGGCAGCCCAGGUGGUGCCCUCCAUCGUCAGAGAUACUAAGAGCCUCACGCAAUUUGUGCGUUCGAAACACUGGAUUCUCCCUCCCAUCGACGCUGAGAUUCCGGGGUGGGCGCACGUUCUGCUGAAACGGUUGCCUAUCUUGAUGAGCCUGCAGCGGCUGAUUGUUUUUCUCGUUGCCGAGUACAACCUUCCGGAGCGGUACAUGCGGUCGACUGCGCCGGAGAAGUACCACGACUUGCUCAUCCCGGACUUCGAGGUCGGUUGCAAGCGUCGUAUCUUCGAUUCCGGCUAUCUUGAAAGUCUGCAUGAGGACAAGCUCACGUUGACCAACGAAAAGGUCCUAGAGAUAGUACCCGAGGGGGUGCGGACGGAAAAGGGAGUGGUGGAGGCAGAUAUCGUGGUCUUGGCCAAUGGUUUCGUUACGAGCGAUUUUCUAAUCGGGAUUGAUGUGCGAGGCUACGGUGGCAAGACGCUGGUGGAACACUGGAAAUCGUUUGGAGGGGUUGAAGCCUAUAAUUGCUCAGUCCUGAGCGGCUUUCCCAACAUGUUCAUACUGAUAGGCCCAAACGCCGUCACUGGGCACACGUCGGCCAUCAUGGCAUCGGAGAACUCGGUCAAUUACGCGCUGCGGGUGAUCAAGCCCAUUCUCGACGGGCGCGCCAGCAUCGCCAGCGUCAAGUUGAAUGCGGAAAGAGAGUACAGCGAUCGGGUACAGGCCGCUUUGAGAAACACGGUCUGGAACUCGGGAUGUCAGAGCUGGUACGUCAAGAAAUCCAGCGACGGCUCGGAGACGACGUGGAAUGCCAUGGCCUAUCCUUGGUCACAAGCCCAUUUUUGGUACCGCAGUUUGUUCCCUGUAUGGGCGGAUUGGGAAUUCAGGGGCCGUGUCAACAACAAAGGAGGACUAGCGAGAAAGUCCAGCUGGGCCGGCAUCGUCCUACGCAGUGUUGCCAUGAAUGCAGCGAUAUUUGGAGUUGCAUGGUGGUUGUGGAGUCGGGGCAGCAGCGAUCACGGUGUCGACAUUAUGGGCCCGAAGGUCUCCAUGGCUCUCGCUCGCGCCUCGGCUCUCCUGGAGAAUCUGAAGGCAUCAAUCUUGACCAAGUGA